UUGGAGUAUUUGCAAACUCUCAAAUCCUAUUAGUCAAAAUAUACAACUAACGCCUCUAACAGCAAUUAUGUAAACUUUAGUGACAAGUGUACGUGAGUGUUGUAAGUGGUUAAAAUAUUAUAAUUUUACCAAGAACGUGUAGCGUCUUAGCGUCAUCAAGCACGCGGAGCUGAAAAAUACUAUCACGCAAGAUAUGCUUUAAAAACGGUCUCUAGAUACCAACGCAUAUUCCGGGAUCAGUAUCAGUUAUACUCGGCACACGGGGUCUAAUGAAUAAGGUUGUGUGAGUACUCCACUGCGGUCCCGAAGGUAGAUAAAAGCGAUCAAGUCGAGGCCGUGCCAGUGUGAAUUUACGGAAGGUCGACGAGGGUGGUGUAGUCGUGGUACUGUGUGGCCGAUUAUAUUCAGCUGGCCAGUAAAAAGGAAUAAAUACAUUGAAUUGACUUUAGUUCAUGUGUUCCAUCAACUGAAGAUGCUCAUCAAAGAAUUCCGUGUCACUCUGCCACUUACGGUUGAAGAGUAUCAAGUGGCUCAACUCUAUUCAGUAGCAGAAGCAAGUAAAAAUAACACAGGCGGUGGAGAAGGUAUUGAGGUACUAAAAAAUGAACCAUUCACGGAUCAUCCCCUCUUGGGAGGCAAAUACUCCUCAGGACAGUACACCUAUAAAAUUUACCAUCUAGCUAGUAAAGUACCAGCGUUUAUACGUUUGCUUUUACCAAAGAAUUCAUUAGAAAUCCAUGAAGAAGCAUGGAAUGCCUAUCCAUACUGCAAGACAGUUAUAACCAAUCCAGGUUACAUGAAGGAUAAUUUUAUUAUUAUGAUAGAAUCAUUUCAUAUUGGUGAUGUUGGCAAUCAACAUAAUGUUCAUGAAUUACCAGCUGAUAAGCUGAAAAUUCGAGAAGUUGUUCAUAUAGAUAUUGCCAAUGAUCCUAUUGCUAGUGCAGAUUACAAAGAAGAUGAAGAUCCAACUAAAUUUAAGUCACAGAAAACUGGUCGUGGUCCGCUGGUCGGCAAAGACUGGAAAAAUAAUGUGACACCAGUAAUGACGUGUUAUAAACUUGUUACAUGUGAAUUCAAGUGGUUUGGACUACAAACACGGGUUGAACAUUUUAUUCAGAAAGCUGAAAGGCGUCUUUUUACCAAUUUUCAUCGGCAAGUCUUUUGCUGGAUGGAUCGUUGGUAUGGACUUACAAUGGAAGACAUUCGAGCAAUCGAAGACAAUACAAAAGAAGAACUUGAUAGACAAAGACAUGAAGGAGAAGUACGAGGUAUGCGAGCCGAUGAAUGAACUUCUUUUCAAAGUGUCUGGCUAUUGUUAAAUAAAUUUCAAUCAAUUUUCCUUAAUAACAAUACUAGGCAAAUAUUCUAAAAUUAUAAAAGUAGGAGGAGAGAAAGAAAA